GCUUCAAGGCAUCAUCACUGGGUAUGAAAGGAAGCAGGCAGGCAAAGAGUAGCACACAUAUCUGAAAGGAAACUCAGGGAGGGAAUCACGGUGGACAGCGGCCAUGGACCUGAUCCCAAGCUUUUCCACGGAAACCUGGGUUCUCCUGGCUACCAGCCUGGUGCUGCUCUAUCUAUAUGGGACUUACUCACAUGGACAUUUUAAGAAGCUAGGGAUUCCUGGACCAAGACCUCUGCCUUAUUUUGGAAAUGUUCUGGCCUACCGAAAGGGUCUUUGGGAUUUUGACAGUAAAUGUUUUAAAAAGUAUGGAAAAAUAUGGGGGUUUUAUGAUGGUCAGCAGCCUGUGUUGGCUAUCACAGAUCCAGAGAUGAUCAAAACAGUCCUAGUGAAAGAAUGUUACUCUGUCUUCACAAACCGGCGGUCUUUUGGUUUAACCGGUAUUAUGAAAAAUGCCAUCUCUAUGGCUCAGGACGAACAAUGGAAGAGAAUACGAACAUUGCUGUCUCCAAGCUUCACCAGCGGAAAGCUCAAGGAGAUGUUCCCCAUCAUUGGCCAGUACGGAGAUAUGUUGGUGAGAAAUAUGAGGAAGGAAGCAGAGAAAGGCAAGCCCGUCACCAUGAAAGACAUCUUUGGAGCCUACAGCAUGGAUGUGAUUACCAGCACAGCAUUUGGAGUGAACGUUGAUUCCCUCAGCAACCCACAAGAUCCCUUUGUGGAAUACGGCAAGAAGCUCUUAAAAUUUGACUACUUAGAUCCGUUCGUUCUCUCACUACUAUUCUUUCCAUUCCUCACCCUAGUCUACGAAGCAUUAAAUAUUUCUCUGUUUCCAAAAAGUGCUGUGAAUUUUUUCACAAAGUCCGUAAAAAGAAUGAAAGAAAAUCGCCUCAAAGAUAAACAAAAGCACCGAGUGGAUCUUCUCCAGCUGAUGAUUGACUCCCAGAAUUCCAAAGAAACGGGCACCCAUAAAGCUCUGUCUGACCUAGAACUGGUGGCCCAAGGCAUUAUCUUUAUUUUUGCUGGCUACGAGACCACCAGCAAUUCUCUCUCCCUACUUGUGUAUGAACUGGCCACACACCCCGAUGUCCAGCAGAAGCUGCAGGAGGAGAUCGAUGCGACUUUCCCCAACAAGGCGCCCCCCACCUACGAUGGCCUGGUACAGAUGGAGUAUCUGGACAUGGUGGUGAAUGAAUUGCUCAGGUUAAUCCCACUUGCUGGUAGACUGGAGAGGGUCUGUAAGAAAGAUGUGGAACUCAACGGGGUGCUCAUUCCCAAAGGGACAACGGUGAUGGUGCCAGUCUUCAUUCUUCACCAUGACCCAGAGCUCUGGCCAGAGCCUGAGGAGUUCCGUCCCGAAAGGUUCAGCAAGAAGAACCAGGACAGCAUAAAUCCUUACACAUACCUGCCUUUUGGAACUGGACCCCGAAACUGCAUCGGCAUGAGGUUUGCUAUGAUGAGCAUGAAACUGGCUCUUGUCAAAGUCCUGCAGAACUUCUCCUUCAAACCUUGUAAAGAAACACAGAUCCCCCUGAAAUUAAUCACUCAGUCGCUUUCACAACCGGAAAGACCUGUUGUUCUAAAGGUGGAGCCCAGAGAUGGGACUGUAAAUGGAGCCUGACUUUCCCUAAGGACCUGUGCUUUAUUCUGCAAGGAAGCUGCAUCCCGGAACACCAGAGACCUGGACUGACUUUGUGAGAAAACCCAGAAAUAAAGACGGGCGUCACCCACUGCACGUGAUGGGUGACUGGGGAUUCUGUGUGUUCAUUUAGCUCUCUCAGGGUCUCUCUCAGGGUCUACAUGGAGUGUCUACUGCGUCAUAUGAAGGAGGUGACUAGUAAGGGCCAGCUAUGUAGACUCAGCUUAUCUGGGCCUCCCAGGACCAUCUCCACCCACCCCCAGUUAGUACCAUCUACUCCUCCUGAGUGCUGAUCAGAAUGAAAAUUUCUCAACAAUUUUAUCAACAGACCUAGUGAAAAUAAGAAUGAUAGUGGUGA